AAGAAAGCCAACUACGUACGUGGUGACGACUUGUAAAUUGCAAGGGUAACCCGCCCGCACCCGCAUACAAGUUCCCCGACCCGACCCGAGUCACCUCAAACCCGCCCAGCCCAAUUGAGGUCCAUUUCAAACAAAAACGUCCACUUCAAGAAUUUUCAGACAUCCUUAAACCCUUUCUCUCAAAACCCCUGGGAAAAUCCCUUCAUAAUGGGCAACCAACGAUUUGGCAGAAAACGAGGUAUGAAGAGAAGAUAUGAAGAGAAGCCUUCAGGGAAGAGUCAGAAUGUGAAGAAAAAUGGUCGCUAUAGUAGAGAAGAAAAGCUCAAUAGAAACCCCUCUCCAAGUGCCUCAGAUGAUUCAGGAGAAGAAAACUCAGAGAUAGCUUCGGAGGAAGAAGUGGAAGCACAAAAUGAGGAAGAAGAUGUUAUGGCUUAUAAGGAGCCAACAAUGUAUGAUAGUUUGUUGGAGUCGUUGAGGACAAAACGAGGAGAAUAUAACACAGACUCAGAAGAAAGUGGAGACGAUGUUGAGGAAGCUCAUGGUUCCUAUGAUGAUGGCAAUGAAGGCAGUGAUAGUGAUGCUUCUAGACUUAGCGAACCUGGUGCUAGUCUACAUCAAGGUGGUCUGGGAAACCCUGUGGGACGGAUUGGAGGUACUGAAACUGACGAUGACAAUUCAGAGGCUUCUGGUUCAGAUGAAGAACAAGAAUUGAGAGUAAAUGGUCAACCUACAAGAGGGGCUUCUGGUUCAGAUGAAGAACAAGAAUUGAGAGUAAAUGGUCAACCUACAAGAGGGGCUUGUGCAAGCACAAGCUCAUUUCACUCUCAUUUGGAUCACAAGUUAUCCAAAGAAGAGGUCGACAGGCUAGAGAAAAAGAAAUGGACUUACAAAUGGAUGGUAGCCAUGUCAAAUCACAAGUGGAGGGGUACAGGCGAGUGUUUUCUGAAGGAGCCAGACAACUUCUUGUUUCAUGGCUUGAAGCCAACACUACACAAGCACUGGUUAGGUAUCUAUGAGAAGUCUGGAGGCGCAGAUUUUGAUUCAUCAAAGCAGAGAUUAUUUUUCUCCGUCUGCAACAGCUACCGGGAUAUUCUGCACCACAACAAGAAACCCUUCUAUCUCAAAGGUCAAGAAGAAGAUUCAAGUACCAUGGAUGCUUAUAUUAUGCAUUCUCUCAAUCAUAUUUUCAGAACCAGGGAUCUUGUAAAGAAGAACGAGGCAAAACUAGCUAAGCUUCAGGAGAAUGUGAAAGCAAAUGUCCUUAAUAAUGAAUCCUUUCUUGACCGUGGGUUCACUCGCCCUAAGGUUUUGAUCCUUCUCCCUCUAGCAAGUGUUGCAUUUCGGGUAGUCAAGCGGCUGAUUGAUUUGACACCUCCGAAAUACAAGUCUUAUGUAGAGGAGCAUGAACGUUUCUAUAGAGAAUUUGGAGCUGGAGUAAGUGAAGACAAGGAGGAUGAAGAUGCUACAGAAAUUCCUGAACUAAAAAGGACCUCAAAACCAUCUGAUUUUCAAGCAUUAUUUGGGGGAAAUAACAAUGAUCAUUUCAUGAUUGGAAUUAAGUUCACUAGGAGGAGCAUAAAAUUGUACGGUGACUUCUACUCGUCAGACAUGAUUGUUGCUUCCCCUCUUGGCCUAAUCAAUAAAAUCGGGGAGGCAGAAUUAUACAAGGAUAAAAAUGUCGAUUAUCUUUCUUCUAUAGAGGUUCUAAUUGUUGACCACGCAGAUGUCAUAUUGAUGCAGAAUUGGUCACACGUGAAUACAACUGUUGAACAAUUAAAUCGGAUACCUUCCGAGCAGCAUGGAACAGAUAUUAUGCGCAUUAGGCAAUGGUAUUUAGACGGUCAAGCGCCAUUCUACCGGCAAUCAAUAAUAUUAUCUUCUCACAUAAAUCCAGACAUCAAUGGGUUAUUCAACCAUCAUUGCCUCAACCACGAAGGAAAGGUCAAAUUGGCAAGCGAGUAUAAAGGUGUUUUACCAAAGGUAGUACUUCAAAUACGGCAGAUUUAUGAGCGAUUUGAUGUAAAGACUGCAGAAGAUGCUGAUGAUGCUCGGUUUGAUUAUUUCACAAAAAAGGUGUUCCCCAAGAUAAAGGAUUCCAUUGAGGGUGGUAUAAUGCUAUUUAUUAGUUCUUACUUUGAGUUUAUCCGACUAAGGAACUUUUUGAAGUCACAAGAGGCAUCCUUUUGUCUACUGGGAGAGUACACCGAGCAGAGUGAUAUAUCUCGCGCACGAGGGAGGUUUUUCGAUGGAAAGAAGAAAUUCAUGCUUUACACUGAAAGAGCUCACUUCUAUCACCGAUACAAGAUACGUGGCAUUCAGAACUUGAUCAUUUAUUCACUUCCAGAGCGGAAAGAAUUUUACCCAGAGGUUGUAAAUAUGCUACAAGGGUCUGCUUGCACUGUUCUAUUUUCUCGCUUUGACCAGCUUCGGCUCGAGAGGAUUGUUGGUACUGCUGCUUCGAAAAGGAUGGUCACGUCGGACAAGGGUGUUUUUGUCUUCUGUUAAAAGGAAACUCACAAAAAAUUUCAACGGAGAAGUGUUUGGCCUCUCAAAUGCGUGCAACUGUUUCUGCAGCUCAAGGAAUGGCUUCUUGCCUUCACUUACCCAAGGGAAAAAAGAAAGAAAAAUAUAAAUAAAAAAAUAGAUGGUUCUUGCUUUCAAUAUCGUAACUAACAUAAUUUUAUGAGCAAUGUUGCUCAAUCAAUUUUGUUUUCUUUUAAAAUUGUGAUAUUAGCAAACAUUAUUCAAAUUCCAGAAACAUAAAAUGUAACUUUAUGCCAAUGAAACAUGUAAAAAGAGGAGGUCGUGUCUGGAAACUGAGGUUCACCAACUAUUUAUGUAGUAUUGCAGGCAAAA